AUGCUAUCCCAACAGCAACAAUCACAGCAACAGCAGGGCCUCCAUCGCCCUAGCCCCAGAAUCCUCUCCACAAAACGCCUACAUUCCCACCACCCAGAUAGCUUCUCCUCCAGAUACCGAGCCGGCAAGGCCAAACCGCGAUCUCGCGAACAAUCUGUCGUCGCAUCACGACGUCUCCAUCGCAGCAGACACACCCCCGACACACCCCCAGAUGGAAGCAACUCCUCCCUCUCCCACGGCGUAAUAACCCUCACCAUCGGCCCAACCAAACGCCUCUUUGCAGCACACAAAGACAUUCUCUGCGUCUCGCCCUACUUCGCAGCCCUCUGCAAUCCUCCCAACAAUGAUACCUCCUCUUCUUCCUCCCCCACUUCUUCCCCUUCCUCCUCACCCAGCCCUACCAAAUCGAUGAGAACAAUCGACCUCCCCGACGAACAACCCGAAAUCUUCUCCUGCGUCCUCGAAUACCUCUACCGCGGCGACUACUACCCCCGUCUCCGCCACGACAAAUCCACCAACACAUGGGACUUGGAAACAACCUCUUCUUCCUCCACUCCUAAUACCAGAAAUCAUACUACCACUAAUACCAAAGAGACCACCGACCCCAGCGCCAUCAUCUUCCACCCAGCCGUAGGAGCAGAAAUCCUCCGCGACACCGCAGUAUACUGCGCAGCCGAAAAAUACUCCCUUGAGCAUCUCAAACGCCUCUCAUUGAAAAAGCAAGGCCUCCACUCCAACAUCCCCUGCCACAUUAUCCUAAGCAGUGCGCGGUACGCGUACAUGCACACGCCGGAUACGGAGAGUAAGCUGCGGGCGCAUUAUCUGGCGCUGAUUAUACGGAGUCGGGGGACAUUCAAGCGGAGUGGGACGAUGCAGAUGGAGAUGGAACGUGGGGGGAAGUUGUUUUUUGAUUUGUUUGUGGCGAUGUGUAAUCAUAUGGAUGAUCUUGAGGAAGCAGCGAGGGGUGAAGGGACGUGUUAGUGAUAUAUGCAGCCCGGCUGGUUUGGGCGGAUUGUUCUAUUUGGUAUAAUGUAUUGGGGGGAAAGGAUGGCAUUGUUGUGUUGGGAUGGAUGGUUAUUGUAUGCUAUGUAUUGCUUGAUGCGAUGUUUGUAUAGUAAUGUGUCUGUUAUGGGGAUUUAUACAGAAAUGCGAGAUUGUAUCUGUCAUGAGG